AGCGCGAGAUGCACCGAGACGGCUCCGCAGGAGCUAGUAAAUCCCGUUACCAUAGUAACGAGAAGGUGGAACCACUGGGUUUUUUUUAGCCUCGUUUGCGCCGUGAGGCCACGUGACACGGCGCCGGGGAAUGGGGGUACUUCCUGUUUGAAGCGAGCUGCUGUUGUCAAUUUCAACAAAAUGGCUGCUGGAGGAUCGCAAACGAACGCGCAGUAAACGCCUUUAUGUCACUACAGAGCAAUUUAAAUGGACAUCUCGGAGUUUCUCUCCACUCGGAGCACGUAAUUCGUUUGCAUGCGUGUUAACGAGAUAAAUGCACGGUGGAAGAAAAAAACGCCCCCCCCCCCACCACCACCACCACUACUACUACCACCACCACCACCACCACCACUCCGGCCCGUUUCGCACUUUUAUCGCCUUGUCGACAUGAACACGUCACUGAAAAAGCGCAGAGCGCGCGGUGUGGCGGUGUAGCUGCUGCACGCGCCGAAAACAAGUGCUGAGAUAUUCGUUCGCGUGCUCUAAAGCAAAAGCCGUCGGGUUCUCUGUUUGCACUGGCGGUUUGUUGUGAGUUUUAUUAUUGUUAUUAUUAUUUUGCUUUGUUUUCCUGCGAAAAUGUCGAGCUGAAUCCCUGAACUGGAAAAGACGAGCUAGGUGUUUGACUGCAGUGUUUCAGCUGGACCGUAUCGCGAGCUGCGCCAGACUGGCUGAAGUGUCAGUGCGGGGAUAGAGCACUUCUCCGGACAGAAAAGCGCCAUUGCUGGACGUGUGACUCAAGUUGGGAGACAAGGCAAGAAACACAAGAAGAGAUACAUUUGAUGGAAGAAAAGAAAAAGAAAAAGCAAGAAGAAAAGAAGAAAAAGGAAGCUGCUCAGAAAAAGGCUGCUGAACAGGAAACCAAAGUGCCAGACUCUGCCAAACACAGCCCUGCCCCUCUUCCCCCUGCCAACCCCAGCGCUACCAACCCCUCUGUGUCCUUGGCCAGCAGCAGUGGUGCCAAUGGCAAGCGUGCGCCCUCCAGCACCCAGCAGCAGCAGCAGUCGGCAGUACAACGCUACCCGCCUCGAGAGGUGCCACCACGUUUCCGCCAGCACGAGCACAAGCAGCUAUUGAAGAGAGGACAACCUCUGCCUGCUGGGAGUCCUGCUGUUGUGCUGCCGUCCUCAACCAGCCCUACUGUGCAGUCCUUCCCCAGCCAGUCACACCCAGACCUGCCCUUGCAGAGUGGCCGUUCAGCACAGUAUGAGAGUCCCCACUGGGGACAUACACCCAUCAACUGCAGUGCUACUAUAGUCACAACCGGUAACAGUAGCUGGGAUCAACUGAUUAUAGACAAAAGUGAUAAAGAGGAGUGUCCUUCUAUUUCUCGCAGCGAAAGCCACAUCCCUGCAGGAUGCACAUCAGACACUGAGAUUGUCAACAUCAACAGCAACAAAGACAGCAUGAGCAUGGCCACAGGGGGCAGCCAGCAAGGACACUUUUCCACUAAUCAUCCCAGUAAAGCCAGUAACAGCCACUCAGGAGGAAUCCUCUCCAGCCAGAGUGGGGUCAGUAGAGGCUGGGGCUCUGGCCCAUCUCCUGCCGUUGCUGGAGAAGGAAAAAGUGAUGGCAGCGGUGCAUCAUUGGGAGCCAGGACCUGGGGCUCCUCCAACUUUAACUUGAAUUUGAAUCCCAACGCCAACCCCUCUGCCUGGCCAGUCUUGGGACAUGAGGGGACAGGCGUGGGUGGCAGCUCUGCAGUAUCCAACCAAGCUCCUUCUAAUAUCUGCAGCCAACCGGGUGCUCCAUCCUCUGGACCCAGCAGUAGUGGCAAUUUAGUUAGUGGCAAUGGCAAUUCUGCUGGAAAUUCUGGUAAUGUUAAUAGCAGCACCGCCUGGGGUGGUAUGGUGUCUAGUGACACCUCUGAGCCACACUCCUCACCUUCCACGAAUGUGUCUUUUAGCUCUGAACCUCAGAACCUUAACACUGAAGGACCAAAUCACACUAAGAAAGAGCCCAUGAGCCCUGCCAAUAGUCUGCCUAACUGGGGUGUCACCCCUGUUGGCAUGGGCUCUUUUGUCCAAUCUCCAGCAGGAAGUUCACAGGUCAAUGGCGAGGAGGGGUCCGUGUGGGGUAAUGGAGAUGCCAAGACUUCCAAUAGCUCUAAGGACUCGGGCUGGAAUUCCGGAAGUGGUUGGGGUCAAGGAGUAGCUUCAGGUACCCCUGGCUGGGGACAAGCCUCAUCCAAUGGGGACUGGGGCAAGCAUUCCAGUGAAUCUAAAGGGUGGGAGUCUGCAGGAUCUCCCAGUCAAGAGCAGCCACUCAGUUCUUGGGGUAGUGGGGCCAAUGCUCCAGCUAGUGAGGGAAGCAGUGAUAGCAUGGAUGGUCAUUCUCACAGGAGGGAACACUCAAGAGAUAUGGCCCCACCUCUGCUGCCUGCCCAGGACAUGGACCCAAGGGUUCUGUGCAACACAGGGUGGGGACAGACCCCUGUACGUCAGCACACAGCCUGGGAGACGGAAGAAGCUGCACGCUCAAAUCAGAAGAAUGAUGUUGGUACUGAAGCCUGGGGCUCAUCUUCAAAUGCACCUCAUAUGGCACAACCACCAUCUCAUGGUAAUGUCAAUCCAAGUUCUGGACCUGACUCUGGGGGCAAGAGUGAUGUGCAUCGCCCUGUUGCAGCAGCUACAUCAGGCUGGGGAACAUCUCCCAGUCAAUCAUGCUCUGGAUGGGGUGACAACACCAAGAAACCCCCUAUUGGUCAUGGUGGUUGGGGCAACCCUCCACAAGGUGGCCACAGUGGUAGCUUGCAAAAAAGUGGGCAGUCCUGGGGCUCUGAAGACAAGUCUCCUACAUGGGAUGACUCCCACGCCAAGGGUAAACCUCAGGGUUGGGGUGAAGGCCCCAAGCCAUCCCAUGGUUGGGGCUCCGACCCAGGAGGGGACAGUGGUGCUGGUGAUGAGUGGGGUGACUCUGGAGAAGGAAAGAAGAAUGGACCAUCCAGCUCUUCCUGGGAGGGAGAUGGAACAGGAUGGAAAGAAAGCCCUCGUGGUUGGGGAAAACCAUCCCCAGGUGGAGGCUGGGGAGAUGCACAACGCUCCAAUGCCUCAACACAGGGAUGGAGCAACAAGUCUCAGGAGGGUGGCAAUGGCAGUAAUGCUGGUGGAAGCAUGGGUUCAUGGGGAGGUUCAGGCUCUCUCAAACAGAGUGGUUCUGGUUGGGGAGGAAGCAAUGGGGGAGGAGUAAAACAUAAUGCUGCAGAGCCCACAGGAUGGGAAGAGCCCUCCCCACCCUCCAUCCGACGCAAGAUGGAAAUUGAUGAUGGUACCUCAGCUUGGGGUGAUCCAAGCAGUUAUAAUAAGACAGUUAACCUGUGGGACAGGAACAAUCCUGGAAUGCAGAGUAAAACAGGCUCUGGAAAUGCCAACAAUCCCCCCAGCAACCAUCACCACCACACCCACCAUAAUCAACCUCCAUUGCAGGGACAUGGAGGAGGGCCAGUUGUAACCAACAGCCAUAUCACUCCUGACAAUACAAGCCCACAUCAAGCUGUGGCUCCUCAUAGCAGAGCACCCCUGAUGACCACAGGAUGGGGAGAAAUGCCUAAUGUCCAUGCCAAACCUGAGCCCUCAUGGGGAGAGCCAGUGCCCCCUCCAGCAAGCGUGGACAAUGGUACAUCAGCCUGGGGCAAACCCCCUGGGGGCUGGGGUGACAGUAGCCCUGAAGGCUAUGGCCGAGCUGGAGGCCCACCAGGAUCUGCCCCCUGCAAGCCAGCCUCUAAAUCUAUGCAAGAUGGCUGGGGAGGUGGAGAGGACAUGGGCCUGUCGACAGGGCAGUGGGAGCAGGAUGAGGGUGACAUGUGGAACAGCACAGCCUCUCAGGAGAGCAGCUCAUCCUGCAGCUCAUGGGGCAACCAGCCUAAGAAAGGUUCUCAGAAGCCGAAGGUUCCUAACAAACAAGACGAUGCCUGGAUUAUGACCCGUCUGAUUAAGCAGCUGACAGAUAUGGGUUUCCCUAGAGACCCUGCAGAGGAGGCUUUGAAGAGCAACAAUAUGAACCUGGACCAGGCUAUGAGUGCCCUGUUAGAGAAGAAGACUGAAUUAGAUAAGCGAGGGCUGGGAAUCUCUGACUACAGUAAUGGCCUCGUCAACAAGCCAAUGAGCUGCAGGCCUUCAAUCAUCUCCAAAGACUCCUCCUCAGACCGUCCUGCCUUCCUGGACAAGGACGGAGGACUAGCGGACGAUGCCCAAACUUCACCAUUUAUGCCUUCUCCCAGCCUGAAGCUCCCGUUGGCUAGUGCUGCCCUCCCUGGCCAGAGUCUUGGGGUCACAAUGCAAAACUUGAACAACAGACAGAUGCAGAGUGGCAUGUUUGGCAGUAGUGGAGCAGCACAAACCCGGGCCCUGCAGCAGCCUCCUCCUCAGCCAGCAGUGCCACCUCUCAACUCCUCCCAGCCUAGUCUACGUGCUCAAGUGCCUCAGUUUCUCUCCCCUCAGGUUCAAGCACAGCUCUUACAGUUUGCAGCAAAAAACAUUGGUCUCAACCCUGCACUUUUAACCUCACCAAUAAACCCUCAGCAUAUGACCCUGUUGAACCAACUCUACCAUCUGCAACUGGCAUACCAGCGUUUACAAAUUCAACAGCAGAUGUUGCAGGCACAGCGUAACGUUUCUGGCCCUAUCAGACAACAGGAGCAGCAAGUUGCACGUACAAUCAAUAACAUGCAGCAGCAGAUCCAGCAGCACCAGCGGCAGCUGGCCCAGGUUCUGCUGGUGAAGCAGCAGCAGCAGCAGCCUCCUCCCUCUCAUCCCAGCCUGCAUCCCAGCGCAGGCAAAUCAGCACUGGACGCAUUUCCUUCACACCAACAGGCAUCAGGCCUCUCUGUCUCUGACCUGCCGACCAAAGAGCCGCAGUCUUCUCCCAACUCCUUCUCCUCUUAUACUCUCUCUGGAUUGAACCCCAACAUGAAUGUAAACUGCAUGGAGGUGGGAGGUCUGUCCAUGAAGGACUCUCCUCAGCCUCAGUCGCGCCUGUCACAGUGGACGCACCCCAACUCCAUGGAGAAUCUCUCUGGCAGCUCCUCGCCUAUGGAACCUGGCCUAAGCAAGCAUGGUGCCAUCUCUGCAGGUCCAAACCUCGGUGCUCCAGGUAAACCCAGUCUGGAUGACUCCUACAACCCAUAUAACCUGAUGCAGGGCACUGACUCUCCUGCCAGUCCACUGGUGACCCCGGAGAGCUGGGGCCAGAGCAAGAAUGCCAAUGACAAGAUGUCCAAUGGGACCAACAUCAGCUGGCCACCAGAGUUCUGCCCAGGAGUGCCCUGGAAAGGACUACAGAAUAUUGACCCUGAGACGGACCCCAAUGUGACCCCAGGAAGUGUCCCCAGUGGCCCCACCAUCAACACCAACAUUCAGGAUGUGAACCGCUACCUGCUCAGAGACAGGAGUGGAGGCAAGCUCUCAGACAUGAAGUCCACUUGGUCGCCAGGGCCCAUCUCGCACACACAGGCCUCACUGUCCCAUGAGCUAUGGAAGGUGCCUCAGGGACCGAGGAACACUACAGCCCCCACACGUCCUCCACCUGGCUUGACCAAUACCAAGCCCUCCUCCACCUGGGGGGGCAGCAGCCUAGGCUUGGUGCCCGGCUGGAGCGGUUCUUACUCCUCAGGUACCACAUGGAGUACAGACAGCUCCAACAGGACCAGCAGCUGGCUGGUACUAAGGAAUCUUACACCCCAGAUUGACGGCUCUACUCUGCGGACGCUGUGCAUGCAGCAUGGCCCCUUAAUCACAUUCCACCUCAACCUGACGCAGGGCAACGCUGUGGUACGCUACAGCUCCAAGGACGAGGCUGGCAAAGCCCAGAAGUCCCUGCACAUGUGUGUGCUGGGCAACACCACCAUCCUGGCAGAAUUCGCUGGAGAGGAGGAGGUGAACCGCUUCUUUGCACAGGGUCAAUCACUCACACCCACCACCAGCUGGCAGGCCAACCCAGGCACCAAUCAGACGCGGCUUGGGGGUGGAGCAUCUGCCACGUCGCACCCCAUUGGCCACUGGAACACCGGCAGCCUGGGAGGAGGCGGAGCUAGCAGUGCAGCUAAGGCAGGCAACGAGCUGCUAUGGGGGGGUGUGCAGCAGUACUCCAGCCUUUGGGGGCCGCCCAGUACAGAGGAGGGCCGAGUGGUAGGCAGCCCAACCCCUAUUAACACGCUGCUUCCUGGAGACCUGCUGAGUGGAGAGUCCAUGUGAGGGAGUCGACUCAGGAGGAGAAUUAUGAAUAUUAAAAAUAAAAAUGAACAUGAAACAAACAAAAAAAAAAACUUGAAGAAAUAUAAUUACGCAGGAGCAAAAACCAAGCAAAAUCAUGUGGUGAUAAUCAGCAUAAGUGGAACUGUGAACCAAGAGACAGGAGGCUGAAGAUACACUUGUAGAGGCUGCUGACCUUCUUCCUCUUCGCCUCCUUUUUAUUUUGCAUCAUUUCAGUGGAUUUUUGUGUUGUUGUUGUUUUUGUUUUGUUUUGUUUUUCAUGUGAGGCUUUGGUUACAGUAUUUUCUAAGACUUUUGGAGAAGAGCAAGUGACUAAACUAAAAGGAAAUAGAACCUUUAAUUACAAACUUUCUCUUAAUAACUGAAAACUGUGUGAAACUGUAUUUUACUACAACUGAUCAGACAAGCUGCCAUUUUUAAAUGUCCCCUGGCACAAGCCCCUCAUCACCCCAGAUACACCGUACGAGCCUUCCUCCCUACUCCCCCAAAGAAAUGCAUCAUUCCUAUCAGCCCUUCCCUUUAGACUGUAUCCAUUGCUUUUUGUUCAUCUGUUAGCCUGGCGGGUUCGUUUAACAGCACUAAACUAGCCUUAACUGCUUACCAGCCCCAUCUCCCACACACUCACUCUGGGCUUACAGAAGAGAUGGAUCAGAGAAUUGCACAUUUAUCUCACUUUCGAGCCAGCAGAGAAGAAAAGUUCCAUGCUUGACUUGGCACACAGGCCACAGCACACAUCUGCUUUUCCUCCAGACCUCAGCCAUCACCCUCGUCUGUCCGCAUCACUAUUAAAGGGACAGACGUGCGGCUGGUGUUUACUCAUCUGCAGGACAGGCUGAGCAACUAGUUGCCAGCGUGUGUAUGUGUUUGUGUGCUGCAUUAACCACUGUCUUCAGAACUUUUUAACAAAACACUUGGAACACACCACACAGAACGAAUGGUCAAAACACGUUCGUUUCCUUCUCUUCUGCUCCAGGAAUGAUCUCAGUUAUUUGUGACCCGGUGGGGAAAAAAAAGAAUCAUGUUUGUCGGACGUGCAAUAUGCCACAGACUCUUCCGUCCAUCAUUAUACAGAGCUUAUGCUGGUGAAGUUUCCUUUCUUUUCUAAAAAUCUGAGGUUGGGGCACAAAAACAGUUGUUGUCCAUCAUCCACCAAGUACGGGGACAAAGAGGAAGACUUCCUCAAGGUCUGUGAGCUUGUAGUGAAGACGAUCACUAGCACUUCCUUAAAAGACACAAAUUGACCAUAGCAGGAUGUGGGCUUCAAACCAAAUAAGUGUUUCUUGUAACCCAGUAGACAAGGUGCAUUUUUCUGUUGUAUUUGGUACAAAAAUAACAGAACAAAGAGACUGGUUUGAAAAAUGGGUGGUUUAUCAUAGCACUUACAUAGAGCGUCAAGCUCCAACUUCAAUGCCAACAAAUCACACAUGGAAAGCUGAAACUGAAAAAAGCAAAGAAAAAGCAAUCUACAUAGCUUUUCCAUGCUCUUUUUUUUUUUUUUUUUAAACUCUAAAUGGAUUAUUUUUUUCCUUAUGUCCCUCCCUCGGAUGGACGUCAAAUGGUAGCAAAUGAAGGGUAGUUUAAAGAGAAAAAAAAUCAUGCAAAACUGAUUCUGAAGCAUUCUCGUAUUUUAUAUAUAUAUAUAUAUAUAUAUAUAUAUAUAUAUAUAUAUAUAUAUAUAUAUAUAUAUAUAUAUAUAUAUAUAUAUAUAUCUCAAAGUAACUAUUACUGUUACAGUACUCCAAAAUUGUUAGCCUUUUGUCUGGAGAUGCUAGACAUGUCCAUAUGUGGUAAUAGAUCCUGCGGGGCCCUUACGCCUGGCGGCCCCACCUUCCUUGGAUAAUAAGUGUGGCCACUGAGUGCCUAUCUGUUGUGGCGCCCACUGUGCCCACGCUGACUCUGACGCCACUGUGCCAGACCGGUGCGCCCGAUGCCAGAGCGUACUUGGAGCUGCUGUUUGGCCUGGCGCAGAGUGGCAGCUCUCUCAGAAAUGGCCCGACAGUACUCUUGCGCCAGCAUUUGACCUCGUCUCAACUCUCUUAAAACUCUCUUUCUUUUCAUGCAAAGAUCACUUUAGCUGGAAGUGGACAAGAUCCUUUCACGUCAUUUUCAAUUAUUGGUUGUAUUUUUAUUUUAUUUUUUAUUCCCUGGAAUUGCAAGUGUUGUUGUUUUUUUGUCAACAUUGCUGUUAUUGUUGUCUUUAUGAUACUUUAUGCUCUUUAAGUGUGUGUGUGUGAGUGUGAGUGAGCGUUGAACUGAGUGAGAGUUCAUGCAGUGGUCUUUUACAGUAGCUGCUCUAUACCAGCCCCUUUCACUGCACAUAUGCAGGAACAUUUGGAGAGAGAGGCAUGUCUACACUUUUUAAUUGCAACAGUUCAUGUUACUAUGCCAUGUCAGCAAAUCACGCUGAUCUAGAACGACGGUUUGGGGAUUUUCCUUUUUCCGGGUUGCUUUUAUGGAUCGACUGAGUUUAGGGCACAUCCUACUGGAAUUAGGGAACUGUAUUUAAGAGUAUUAGACAUGCUCAGCCUGCCUGCUACCUCUCCAUUACCCAGUCUCUCUCUUUCCUUCUGUCUGCCUCCUGUUUAUUCUGGCACUGUCCUGCAAGGCUGUACUCAUACUGGUGCUGAAGACGAACAACACAGCGCAACUCUUUCUUUACCACUUCUCUUUAUUGUAGUAAUAAAAGCAAAUUACAAGAGAGACCCUCUUUUUCUAUGCAAAGUCUGAGUGAGAGGUUAAUGUUCACGGUCACUCAAUACAGCCCAUCAUUUCCUGACUUUGUUUGUUUGUUGUUGUCUAGCGUUUGCUGGUUUCUGAGCAGGCAGCUUCCUGUAACUGUGGCCUUCAGUGUUCAUACGUUUGCAUCUCUGAACGCCAGUCCUGAGAAAUCAUCCUAUAUGUUUGAAUUUCGCCCUUGUUGCUUUCUCUCUGAACGACUUCUUAAACUAUGUGCAUGCAAUCUCAGGGCAGACUCGGAGAACUCCAAAUGUAGUUUACCCAAAGGAGGGAAUUCAUAUAUUGUUAAGUGAUUUUUUAAAAAUUAUUAUUUUUGCAAUUUUAUAUUGCUUUAGAUGUAUUUCAUAUUGGUUAGAAUUAGUGCGUCUAUAAUGGUGGGCGUAUCGGGAAAUUCUUUUUGCGUUUGCCUUUCUAGGUACGAGUUCUUCAGUAUGCAUCCUCUUUUCUGUGAUGUUACCAAAAAUGUUAAUUUCUCGAACAUGAAGUGUAAAAAAAAAAGAAAAAAGAGAGAGAGAGAAAUGUCUGUGAAGAUUUCCAGUAGAUUGUUGAAUACAUGGAGAUGGAAAGGUAGAAUGCAGGCUGGCAUCAAGACAGACGGGGGUGGCACCUUGUCCCAGGCAUUAAAAUUCUCCAGGAAGGACUGCUGCAAACAGGGAUUCUUAGGUAUGCUGUAGAUGGUUUAUGUUAACAUGGGGGUGCAUCUUUUUUUUUUUUUUAAACCAAAAAUGAGAGAUUUGGCCUGAGAUUUGCUUUUAGGAAACUUUAAAACCUAUAGUACUCUCUUGGCUGAAGUGCUUCUUUCAGCAAGCCUUUUAUGGCCUAUGGGAGUGAACAGCUGACUGUGGAGAUACUGUACUGGAGGUAUUCACUUCUGUUCUGACCAAGAGCAGACUAUUUUUCACAGUUCGAGGUCCACAUAGGUGCCAGCUCCAUGACUGCUCUGGAGCUCAAGCGCCUCCAAUAUUUCAGAAUUAAAUAUCUCAGUUUUAGGCCCAGUUUAAAAUGUAUGCAUUAGGGAUGGGCGAUACGGACUUAAAACUAUAUCACAAUAUUUUCUGGUAUUUUAUUGCGAUAAUGAUAUCAGUGACGAUAUAAAUGUAUUACCAUUCACCACUGUUUUUGGCUACAAGUGACCGCUGCAUACAGUCUUGAGAGCAUUGAUCUAAAAGUUUGAUGAAUUGAUCAAACAUUGAUCUAAAAGUAAAACUGAUUUUUCUGUAACCAAACCAGUUCCAGAUUGUAGAGGUAGGUCCUCAUUUAGUGAUAAACUCCUCCUCAGCUUCACGUCCGCCUUCCGCUGUACUUGUUUUCGUUCUGUACGUGAGCUGCGAAUGGGUCACCCACAGAAUUAUGUCAUCAACUAAGCUUUAUCGUUUAUUAUCGCAGGAAGACUAAUUCUUAUUGUGGGGAGAAUUUCUACCGGUAUAUCGCAAAGGAUUAGAUAUCACCCAUCCCUAGUAUGCAUACUUUGUUAACUUUGUUAACCUCUUGUUGUAGUGUCUGCUAUAGAAACAUCUGUCUUCUGUAUUCCCCGUUCACAAAGUCAGUGACACUGUGUAACAAAGGCUGUAAUUGGUUCACAUCGAGAGCUGGGCCUUUAAAGGCUGUGUCCCAUACUGCAUACUAGCAUCCUAAAUAAUAUGGGAAACUAGCAUACCACCUAUUGUAGGUAAGCUACAGCAGUGUACAAUUUUUACAUAGUGCUGGCUUGCAGUUUGGGACCGAGCCAACAUCAGGAGGUGCCGCUGUCGUUAAAAUCAUCCAGGUUAUUUGGUUUCAGAUUUUGAUUACUCACAGCUCCUGAACCAGCUGCUGAGGCUCGCAGUGCUGUGCGGGUGUUUCUAACAGAAAUAGAAUGCUGUUGAGUGCUGUGAUCAGAAAAAAAAAGGGUCAACCUUUAGCAAUUUAGUUUUAUGUGAAGGCUGGGAUAUUGUUUUUAUGAAAUUGUAGAACAUCACUCAUUUGAAGGAGGUUGUUAACACCCCAGUGAUAUUCAUAAGUUGGUGCCUAUGGACCUAUUGCAUCAGGACAAGAGCACAUGUCAGUUAGUACCAAGUCUUGAAAGGGGAAAGGCCCUAGUGAGUGACACUAGUAACAAUCACUAUUGCCGGUCCCCAACAGCUCCCCGCCCGUAAACACACACACACCUUUUUUUUAUUCCAAACUGCCUUGCUUUAAACUGUACUCAAAGCCACCUGACUGUCACAUUCACAAGUGGGGUAAAGUGAGUAAUCCCCGUGAACACCCAAGUCCCGUAAGGCUUGUCUCCUCUUUCUGUACCUCACUAAAUAUCCAGUCCACUGCUGUGGAUUUGUUUUAGGACUAAUGCACCCCGCUCCCCAACGAUCAGAAUGGCUGAGCCAAAAACAAAACAAAAAAAGGGGGGGGUUAGGGAAGGAAAGCGAUCAGCUCAAAGAGAAUCCGAUCUUUUCUAAGGUCUUGGGUAGAUUAUGCACAUACUGGUUUAUAUACAUGCACAUUUGAAAACGUAUGUAUGUAUAUAGCUGGUUAACUCUUUCCACUUUACCUUCAUUUACUCUCCCAGGCCAAUUUAAAUGCCAACUCCUAUAUUUUUCUCUGUGUACCCCUAUUGAAAGUAUAAACAUAUCAAAAUGAUACAAAAUGAAAGAUAUACUAAUACUUGAAUCAAAAGAAGCGCCAAUAAUGUAAUGUGAAACUUUUUGUAAUGAUUUUUGUCAUUCAUACACUUCCAAGCUUUUUGAUAACAUCAGUUCAAAAUGAACUAAAAACAUUUGUGUGGAUAUUAAAAAAAGAAAAGGAAAAAAAAAAAGCAAAAUGACAUCUAUAGUAUGUGUUUGCACAAGACUGCGUGUGUGUGUUUGUGUGUGUGUGUUCUGAUGGGUGAAUGACUGUGAUUGUUCAUGUCUGUACAAGUGGGCAAAGGUUCAAAAUAUAGUGUGCGCUCUUAUAGUGGGUUAGUUUCCCACCUUAUGGUUUAAUUCAAUAUCUUUACAGGUUAUUUGCCCUUUUUUGCCUUUUUUGCUAGUCUGUAGUCAGAAACCUAUUUGGAUGUGUUGUUAUUAGCUUCUAGCGUUGCACUGAGUGUCUGCCUCCCCUCUUUCAGCUAAUCGUACAACAUGAAAUAAAGUACAGAGGGAUACGGUGACAAUUCACGUGUUAAUGUUUACUCAAGGACUUAGAGGAAAAAAAAAGUGUUUUUAUCUGUAAUAUGAUUAUCUACUUUAUAGUGGCUUUUAUUGCUUUCAUGAAAAAUAAUUGAGUAUUGCACCAUUUUUUUUCCCCGGAUUAUAAAAAUGAAAAGGAAAAAAAAAAAAAAUAAAUAAAUAAAUCAUUGUGGCCAUAGGUUGGUGUAGAUGGACUUGUAACUUUCAGUGUCAGUUCCAUGCUAAAUGGAAAAUGAUAAAAGAAGUUUGUUACAAGGCUUAUUUCAGUGGUGCCUAACUUUUUUUUUUUUUUUUUUUUUUUUAAAUAUAUAUAUUAUCAUAAUUUUUUUCCUCCAAGGCCACCAACAGUUUACAAGCAUUUCAUGUUGUUCAAAGAAAAGGAAAUUACUGUGGGAAUGUCCAAAGAAAGGACAUACUUCCAUCAUGAAUAACAAAAACACUUUACUGAAUGAAGAUUAUUGUGCUACUUGCAGAACUCUGGGAUUGAUCAGUGUUGUCAUGUUGUGAUUCACUUAUUUUUUUAUUUUUUAUUUUUAUUUUUUUUUUCUAAAUUUUAUUUCUGUGUUGUCAUUGUUGAGUUCAUGGACUAUUAAAGUCUGUAUGUUUUUCCUUUGUGCAAAUAAUUGCUCACUAUCUUGCACAUACAUAAAAAGUGGAUCAUGUCUCAGGAAGGCAAGGGUUCCAGAGUACCAACUCCACCCCAUUUUAAUGUUCAUUUUUAUAAGGAGAAGAAGAAGAAAAAAUCGAUUAAGAAAAUGAAGCACUGAAGGUUAUGGAUUUCAGAAGAAAAAUACCUUUUGUUUCUAAAUCCGUAGCAGUUACAUAUUUACCAAAUAAUGGACUCUAAAUGAACUUUAAACAAUGGAGUGCUUUAUUAUUAAAAAAAAAAAGUCUAUAUAUUAAAAUUGCUUUACAUUUUAGACAAAGUGGUCAAUGAUUUUGAUUGUUCAAAAGACAGUAAAAGAGCAUACAAGUACUGUAUGUGGUAAUCUUUAUUGUAUUUUCUUAACAUGAGGUCCCUUCCUGUUGAAAUCAGGAACAUUUGUGCAUUAUUAUUUCUUUCCUUUCUGCCAUUCUCUCUUGUGGCGGGUAUUAUAUAUGGAAAACAAAUGUAUAAAAGCAUUUCUUCUGCAUCAAUUUGAAGGAUUGAAAGUGAGCUGGUUUUUAAGGAUCAUGAUCUAUGCACAAGUGGGGUGUAGAGGUGUAAAGACCUCUGUGACCCAUCUCAUGGGAUUCGGGGAAUUACUUUUGGGCUUUCCUUCCAUUGUACUCAUUAUGUUGCCUCUUUAUUCCUGUCAGCAUCUCUUAUUAAUCAUGUACUACAGUACCAGUACUUUACCAUGCUGUUAAUUCCUAAACCAAUGAGCAUCUCACUCUAAAGCACUGUGGGGUUUUUGUAGCCUGUGAUAAGGGUGUGUCUUGUGUGUUAUCUUUGUUCCUGUGUUACCUAGGGUGGGGGUGGGCAGAGGGUUGCUUUUGCCUUUUAAAAUAUUAAGGAAAAUGCCUGUACUGAGAUUUUAAAAUGACAGUGGCUUUUAAUGUUUCUCUCUCUCUCUCUCUCUAUCUCCCUCUCCCUCCCUCUCUCUCUCUCUCUCUCUCUAUCUAUCUCACUCUCCCUCUCCCUCUCCCUCUCCCUCUCUCUCUCUCUCUCUGUCUCUGUCUCUCUCUGUCUCUGUCUCCUCAUAGAAUGUGAUUGUUGAUGACAUGCACCGAAAUGUUUCAUGAACAAUGGAGCUUCUUUCAACCUAUUAAUAAAUUGCAUUUUUUUGGCUGUAA